CCUCAUGGAUACAAAAUGGGUGACAUCGGAGUUGGCAUGGACAGCUCAUCCUGAAAGUGGGUGGGAAGAAGUGAGUGGCUACGAUGAGGCCAUGAACCCCAUCCGCACAUAUCAGGUGUGUAACGUGCAUGAGUCAAGCCAGAACAACUGGCUUCGCACAGGCUUCAUCUGGCGACAGGAUGUACAGCGGGUCUACGUGGAGCUCAAGUUCACCGUGCGUGACUGCAACAGCAUCCCCAACAUCCCCGGCUCCUGCAAGGAGACCUUCAACCUGUUCUAUUAUGAAGCUGACAGCGAUGUGGCCUCAGCGUCCUCCCCCUUCUGGAUGGAGAACCCCUACGUCAAAGUGGACACCAUUGCACCCGACGAAAGCUUCUCAAGGCUCGAUGCUGGUCGGGUCAACACCAAGGUGCGAAGCUUCGGGCCGCUUUCCAAGGCUGGCUUUUAUUUGGCCUUCCAGGACCAAGGUGCCUGCAUGUCACUCAUCUCCGUGCGCGCCUUCUACAAGAAGUGUGCAUCCACCACUGCAGGCUUCGCGCUCUUCCCUGAGACCCUCACGGGGGCCGAGCCCACCUCACUGGUCAUUGCCCCUGGCACCUGCAUUGCGAACGCCGUGGAGGUGUCGGUGCCACUCAAGCUCUACUGCAAUGGUGAUGGGGAAUGGAUGGUGCCUGUGGGCGCCUGCACCUGUGCCACAGGCCAUGAGCCAGCUGCCAAGGAAUCUCAGUGCCGCCCCUGUCCUCCUGGAAGCUACAAGGCAAAGCAAGGAGAGGGUCCCUGCCUCCCCUGCCCCUCCAACAGCCGUACUACCUCACCAGCUGCCAGCAUCUGCACCUGCCACAAUAACUUCUACCGCGCAGACUCGGACUCUGCGGACAGCGCCUGCACCACGGUGCCAUCUCCACCCCGGGGUGUGAUCUCCAAUGUGAAUGAGACCUCUCUGAUCCUGGAGUGGAGUGAACCCCGGGACCUUGGUGGCCGCGAUGACCUCCUCUAUAAUGUCAUCUGCAAGAAGUGUCGUGGGGGCCCUGGGGCUGGCGGGCCCCCAAGCUGCUCGCGCUGUGAUGACAACGUGGAGUUUGUACCUCGGCAGUUGGGUCUGACAGAACGCCGGGUCCACAUCAGCCACUUGUUGGCCCACACCCGCUACACCUUUGAGGUGCAGGCAGUCAAUGGGGUCUCCGGCAAGAGCCCUCUGCCACCCCGUUACGCUGCUGUCAAUAUCACCACCAACCAGGCCGCCCCUUCCGAAGUGCCUACACUCCACCUGCACAGCAGCUCAUGGAGCAGCCUGACCCUGUCCUGGGCGCCUCCGGAGCGGCCUAACGGAGUCAUUUUGGACUAUGAGAUGAAGUACUUUGAGAAGAGUGAAGGUAUCGCCUCCACUGUGACCAGCCAGAAGAACUCUGUGCAGCUGGACGGGCUGCGGCCUGAUGCCCGCUACGUGGUCCAGGUCCGUGCUCGCACGGUAGCUGGCUAUGGGCAGUACAGCCGCCCAGCUGAGUUCGAGACCACAAGUGAAAGAGGCUCCGGUGCCCAGCAGCUCCAGGAGCAGCUCCCCCUCAUCGUCGGCUCUGCCACAGCCGGGCUUGUCUUUGUGGUGGCAGUCGUGGUCAUUGCCGUGGUCUGCCUCAGGAAGCAGCGGCACAGCUCUGAUGCCGAGUACACGGAGAAGCUGCAGCAAUACAUUGCUCCUGGAAUGAAAGUUUACAUUGACCCCUUUACCUAUGAGGAUCCCAAUGAGGCUGUUCGGGAGUUUGCUAAGGAAAUCGAUGUGUCCUGUGUCAAGAUUGAGGAGGUGAUUGGAGCUGGGGAAUUCGGAGAGGUGUGCCGGGGUCGGUUAAAACAGCCUGGCCGCCGGGAGGUAUUUGUGGCCAUCAAGACACUGAAGGUGGGCUACACUGAGAGGCAGCGGCGGGACUUCCUAAGUGAGGCCUCCAUCAUGGGUCAGUUUGACCACCCGAACAUUAUCCGGUUGGAAGGUGUGGUCACCAAAAGUCGGCCAGUUAUGAUUCUCACUGAGUUCAUGGAGAACUGUGCCUUGGAUUCCUUCCUUCGGCUCAACGAUGGACAGUUUACGGUCAUCCAGCUGGUGGGCAUGUUGCGGGGCAUUGCAGCUGGCAUGAAGUACCUGUCUGAGAUGAACUAUGUGCACCGUGACCUGGCUGCGAGAAACAUCCUAGUCAAUAGCAACCUGGUUUGCAAAGUCUCAGACUUUGGCCUCUCCCGCUUCCUGGAGGAUGACCCCUCGGAUCCUACCUACACCAGCUCCCUGGGCGGAAAGAUCCCCAUCCGUUGGACCGCCCCAGAGGCCAUAGCCUACCGGAAGUUCACCUCUGCUAGUGAUGUCUGGAGCUACGGAAUUGUCAUGUGGGAGGUCAUGAGCUAUGGAGAGCGACCCUACUGGGACAUGAGCAACCAGGAUGUCAUCAAUGCUGUGGAGCAGGACUACCGGUUGCCACCACCCAUGGACUGUCCCACAGCACUGCACCAGCUUAUGCUGGACUGCUGGGUGCGGGAUCGGAACCUCAGGCCCAAGUUCUCACAGAUUGUCAACACCCUGGACAAGCUAAUCCGCAACGCCGCCAGCCUCAAGGUCAUCGCCAGUGCCCAGUCUGGCAUGUCCCAGCCCCUCCUGGACCGCACGGUUCCAGAUUAUACAACCUUCACGACUGUAGGUGACUGGCUGGACGCCAUCAAGAUGGGGCGGUACAAGGAGAGCUUCAUCAGUGCUGGGUUUGCAUCCUUUGACCUAGUGGCCCAGAUGACCGCAGAAGACCUGCUUCGGAUUGGGGUCACCCUGGCCGGCCACCAGAAAAAGAUCCUCAGCAGUAUCCAGGACAUGCGGCUGCAGAUGAACCAGACACUGCCCGUACAGGUCUGACACCCGCUUUCUACCGGGGAUGCCCCCAUCUGAGGACUACGCAGGGACUCUGACCAGCCGGCUGGACUUUUGAACUUUUGGAUGCCUGGCCUUAGGCUGUGGCCCAGAAGAUGAAAGUUGGAGAGGGCUCAAGCUGGGACUCUUCCAGGCCUGUGUUCCUCCCCAGGAAGUGUACCCCAAACCUCUUCAUAUUGAAGAUGGAUUAGCAAAGGGGUAAUGACCCCCUCCCCACAUGCCUUGGGGCCCAGGACUUCCUGCUCUCCAGGGGGGAAUCCCCCCAACCUCAGACUUGGCCAUUCUUCAAUGCUGGAGGUCCUGGCAGGGUCAGGUAGGGGGAAGCCUGGUUCCUCAGGGCCCAGCCCUGGCAGGGGUCUGGCCCCCCCAGGUAGGCAGAGAGCAGUCCCUCCCUCAGGAGCUGGAGGAGGGCACUCUGGGGAGGGGGAAGUUGACGCCCCCAUCCAGAAACCAGCUGCAUCUCCAGUUUGCACAGGGACUUGUUGUAUGGGAUGAGGGCCCUGCCCCUACCCCGCCCUUGGUGCUGUCAUAAAAGGGCAGGCAGGGGCAGACUGAGGAGCAGCCCCUCGCCCCGCCCCCCCUUGCCCCAGAGACUGACUCUCAGAGCCAGAGAUGGGAUGUGUGCGUGUGUGUGUAUGUGUGUGGGUGUGUGGGUGGGUGUGCAUGUGCGCGUGCGCAGGUAUCGGCGCAUGCUUGUGUGUGUAUGUGUACACAGAGAGCAUGGGUGAGUAUGUAAAAGCUUGGCCCUGUGCCCUGCAGUGGCUAGCUGGGCUGACAGCGGAAUAAAGGCAAUAAGA